CGCAUUGAUUUCAGUGACGACUGCAACGAUUGAGUCAUUCAUUGAUUGUAUAAACAAAACACAAAACACACGGACAGUGACAGUGAGGCCUAUGGUUGGCAUCCACUAAGACAUCCACGAAGACAUCGAUUGCCAGACACACCAACGGAUCCAUCAAAUCAAUGGCCACUUUCAACGCCAGUCAUCACGAGUCGGGAGGCGUCGUCCUCUUCAGCGGUGAACUCAUACUCUUGUACUGCGAUAACGUGAACAUCACUUUUGAGACCAAAUCGCAGAAUGCAAACGGAAGACUAUAUCUGACGACACAUCGCAUUGUCUUCACAUCGCAACCGAUUAACCAAAACUCGAGUCUGAAGUCAUUUUCGGCGCCCUUUUAUGCCAUGAGUGACCUCUCGCUGGAACAGCCCGUCUUCGGCGCCAAUUUCAUCAAAGGGAAGGUUAGGCCGGAGUCACAGCCCGACGCACCCAAUGGUGUGGUGUUUAAGCUGAAGUUCAGUCACGGGGGGGCCAUCGAGUUCGGUCAGGCCCUCGACAGCGCCGCCAAACAGGCCAACAUCGCCGCCCGCGAGAUGCAGUUCCAGCCCCCGCCCCCCUAUACGGCCGCCGCCGGACAGUACUAUCAGGCGCCCCCCAAUGUCUACCAGCCCGCCUACAACUGUGGGUUCGCAUUACCCACUCAGGUAUUCUCGACGCCCCCGCCCGCCGGCUUCAUAUACGCAAUGGAGGCGCCGCCGCCCUAUCCCGGCCUUAACACAGCGCCGCAGAACUACGCGCCCUAUUCGCAGAUGGCAUUCCCAGCCUAUGGACAAUAUGACCCGCGCAUGGAUGGCGGUCAGGGAGGCUUCCUGAAGGACUGGACACUGUUCGCGUACGCCAGACACUGGUUGGGAGACAAUGUGAAGGCAAAGUAUGGCAGUUAUGACAACGAGAAGCUGCGGUUCAGUGCCUUCUCCUUCCAAGAGAUCAAUUGCAUCACAUAUGCCGAAGACCUGCACCGGACGUGCUAUCGAUCGGCUAUAAUGUGGGACCGUUUGACUGUCAUGUUUGACAACAAGACCGCCGUUCCUGUCUAUUACAACCAAACCAUUGAAUGGGACCAAAGCGGCCAAAAUCCGUUGGGCUUUGCAGAGCACCAACACUUUAGAAAUACCGACAAAUUCCUUCCGGAACUCAAUAGAAACACAAUGGAUGUGGAGGUAGUGAGUGAUCUCGCGAACAGGGAGUUCGUGGCCGCCCUCUUCGACAACAAGAAUGACAUCUUAUAUCUCGGUUUGAAAUACAUAGACCCGGACACGACACGGAAGCGUGCGGACAGGUAUUGUAUUACUCACCUAAACAUGCGGACAAUGAUCCAUAACGUGAACGAAUGGCCGCGCGAUAAGGACGUCAAAAGGUUGUGGCAAAAAGGCUUCUGUUUCAGCGGCAGUUUGAUCGGUAUGUUCAUGAAGGGCGACAAGAAAUAUAUUGCCGGACAGGUUGCCUAUAUUGGACGAGACUAUGAGGAUCAGGUGUGGCAAAUGAGUCACAAUGGGGGCACCAAGGAUAUUGGCAUUGAGAGACGGACCCUGGGUGACUAUGCGCUCACCUUAAAGACUAUGUUCGGGUGCCCCCCUGUGGCUCCCCCUAAGCGAACGAAGCGGUCCAUCAAAUCGGAUUAUUUUGAAUCAGACUUUCCCGAAGUAGGCAAACCACAGAUGGUUAUGUCUGAGGACGUGCCACAAAGAGAUCAUUUCAUUGGGAAAUAA